UAAAUUUUCUCGUUAGUUUAAGCUGUUCAAAUCUAGGUUAAAACAUUGAAGUGUUUCGGAAACUAUAUGCAUAAUGUUUUAUACAUUUGCUUGAGUAUAUGUGUUCAAAGUUCAUAUUUUUAAUUAUAUUUCUUAGAUAUUUGGUGGGAUAAAGUUAUUAAUCUCAAUGGAGCUUUUCAUUAUUGUUGCCGUUGUUGUGAUAAUUGGACUAGUCUUUGAAUAUUUUCUGAGACAAUUAAAAGUUGGAGAUUAUGAGUCUCGAUACAUAGUUAUAACCGGAUGUGACUCGGGAUUCGGACACGAUUUUGCUAAAAGGGCUGAUGCAUUAGGAUUCAACGUGUUUGCAUGUUGUUUAACAAAAGCUGCAGUCCAGAAAUUCAAAGAGACGGGUUCUCCAAAAUUAGUUGCAUUCGAAAUGGACGUCUCAAAAGAUGCGAGUAUAGAAAAAUCAUUAGAAAUAGUAAAACGGACGCUGCCCGAAGGGAAAGGAUUGUGGGCAAUAGUAAAUAAUGCGGGCAUUUUAGGCGGGAUUGGAUCGACACAUCUUCAUACAAGACAAGACUAUGAGAACACCUUGUCUGUGAAUCUUUACGGGGUUAUCAUGGUCACAAAAGCAUUUAUGCCACUUGUUUUGAAAGAGAAAGGGCGCAUCGUUAAUACCUCCAGCUGUCUGGGGAGAAUUGCACUGUUAAAUUCCUCCUAUUGUAUAUCAAAGUAUGGCGUGGAGGCAUUUUCAGAUGUUUUACGACGAGAACUUUACAGAACAGGAGUCAAAGUACAAUUAAUAGAACCUGGAGCUUUCAAAACACCAAUAUUCGGGAGGGAUUAUAUCCGAAAAAUGGCAGAAAACAAAGUAGCAAGUUUACCAGCAGACGUAAAGUCGGAUCUUCCAGAAGAUGCCGUAGAUCAGCUCGUUGGUUCAAUCCGCCGACUGGAAGAGACUGGUUCAACAAACACACAGCUCGUGGUGGACGCCUACCUCCAUGCUGUCACAGCAUUGUUCCCACUAAAGAGAUACAUGGUGGGUAAUGAUAGCAAGUAUGCGUACCGUCUGCUUUCGAUCCUCCCAGAAUGCAUCAGUGAUUUUUACGUUGACUUGAGGGACGCACGUUCUAUCUAAGAUGACGAUUGUAGAUUGCAUAUAAAUAAUCGUUUCCGAUGAAUCACAUUCUUUGAGAUCUUUAUAUUUAUACAUGUAUAUGUAUAUAAAUAUGGUGUUGGGUAUUAUGUAUAUAUAACAUUUAGUCAGAAUAAACUUGUAUACAAAAUAUACGU